UAGUUAUUUAUAAGUGUGCGUCAUUAGUGUGAUAUUGGUUUGUUUAUCGCGAGUUGGUCUGUGAAGCCAUUAUCAGCAAGUUAUAGUUCUCUGGAAAUUAUUUACAAAUAUCUAUUAAAGUUAUUGAGAAACCAAAGGUAUAUUGCGAGUCCGGGUGAGGUGGAGGACUUGUGGUUAACGUAGAGGAUAUAAAGGUCCUCAUACAGUGAUGAGUUAUCCUGGCGGUCCUCCCGCCGCUGGCUUCGGCCAGGGCUCAAAUUAUUCAAUGUAUCCCCCGGGUCCCGGAGCCUCGCCAUACCCACCUGCCCCAGGCGCUGCUGGCUACCCACCUGCACCUGGAGCGGCGCAGUAUCCACCUACAGCUGGAUUUUCUCCGUAUCCACCUGCACCUGGUGCUUCCCCAUACCCACCUGCACCUGGUGCUUCCCCAUACCCACCUGCACCUGGUGCUUCCCCAUACCCACCUGCACCUGGUGCUUCCCCAUACCCGCCUGCGCCCGGAGCAUCUCCAUACCCACCUGCGCCUGGAGCAUACCCACCUGCGCCCGGAGCAUCUCCAUACCCGCCUGCGCCCGGAGGAUCUCCAUAUCCACCUGCGCCUGGAGCAUACCCACCUGCGCCCGGAGCAUCUCCAUACCCGCCUGCGCCCGGAGCAUCUUCAUACCCACCAGCGCCUGGAGGAAGCCCAUACCCAGGUGCUGGGGGAAGCCCAUACCCAGGUGCUGGGGGAAGCCCAUACCCAGGUGCUGGGGGAAGCCCAUACCCAGGUGCUGGAGGAAGCCCAUACCCAGGUGCUGGGUCAGUACCUUACUCGCAGGCUGGAGUAGGAGGCCAGCAGCCAGCGGCAGGGUACCCGGGGGUGUCUCGCACGGAACCCGCCGUCCACCAGGCUGCGCGCAUGGCCUCCUCCUACUCUGCUGCACCAUUAGGCGGCAGACUCAUCCCGUAUACUGAGAUCCCCACAGUGCGGCCUUCACCACACUUCGAUGCAAGUAGUGAUGCCGCUGUUCUCAGAAAGGCCAUGAAGGGGUUUGGCACGGAUGAGGCUGCCAUCAUUGGUGUUCUCUCUCGUCGGACCUCGGCUGAGAGGCAGCAGAUUAUGCUCAAGUAUCAGCAGGCUUAUGGCAGGGAGGAGGGAGAUGACUCAAAAAAAGGACUCACCGGGGAUUUGGUGAAGGAUUUGAAGAGUGAACUAAGUGGCAAGUUUGAAGUGGCAAUUGUUGCUCUGAUGACACCCCUGCCGUUGUACCUGGCCCAACAGAUUCACAAUGCCAUGUCUGGGAUAGGCACAAACGAGAGGACACUAGUGGAGAUCUUGUGCACCCGAGAUAAUGCAUCUCUAAUGGCCAUCAAGAAUGCCUAUUAUCAACACUAUCGAAAGAAGUUGGAAAAUGACCUCGGAGGAGACACCUCGGGGGAUUUCCGUCGUCUCCUCAUAUCCAUGUGUGCAUGUUGUAGGGACGAGACGAACUGUGAUCCAGCACUGGCAAACAAUCUUGCUCAGCAACUGUAUAAAGCAGGUGAAGGCAAAAUGGGAACCGAUGAAGGAGAGUUCAACCGCAUUUUGUCUUCCUACUCCUACCCUCUUCUGCGAUGUGUGUUUGAGGAAUACAUGAAGAUCAAGGGCAAGAGUUUUGGUGAUGCUAUAGAUGCUGAACUCUCUGGAGAUUUAAAACUUGGCAUGAAGGCCAUCUAUUUUACCAUCCAAAACCGUGCUGGGUACUUUGCAAAGGAGCUGCACGAUUCGAUGGCAGGCAUGGGCACCAAAGAUGAGGCUCUGAUUCGCCUGGUGGUGUCUCGAUGUGAAAUAGAUAUGGGUAACAUCAAGCAAGAAUAUCAGAAGCUAUACAAGAAAUCUCUGGAACAGGACAUAAAGGGGGAUACUUCUGGAGAUUACAAGAAAUUACUCCUGGCACUUGUUGAAGGCUAAAUGCUUUCAUUUCUAUAUUUUAUGAGGUGUUCUACCAGUGAAGGAAGGCUGGGGUGCUGGCAGUGUUGUGAAGAAAUUAUUAGGUCAAGAGUAGAUCACAGAGCAAAUAACAUUGCACUACUUACAGAUUUGAUAAGGCUCUGUAAGGAGGGAAUUGUUAGUAGAGUUAAGGUCUACUUCCGAUCUGGUGGUUAUCUAGAUGCCUGCCCAAACCUAUUUUUAAUGGCUUACGAUCUGUUUCAUUACUCCAGAGUGACAUUUCCGGAGACUUCAAGAAUAUCAUCUUGGGCAUGGUUGAGGGCUAGGAGUGGUGAUCUAAGCUGAUGUCCUGCCAUCGGAGAGACCAAAUGUCUUGAUGCCCAAAAACUGUUUAAUCAUUCGGUUAUUAUUUUGUAGGUGUUGGUGCUGGGCUCAUGUUGCUUGAAACUUGCCUCUAGUGUGUCCAUAAUAUACAUACACAGAUACUUGCACGCAUUUGCAUGUGCUCACACACACAUGGAUGCGUGUUUAGGGAAUUGCACUUGUUAACAUAAUAAAUACUGUAAAAUGAAAUGUCUUAACAAUUAUACCACAUACAAAUGCAGGCAGAUUUGGCUAACUGGUUUACGAGUGUACUGUACAGUACAGUACAGUAUAGUACAGUACAGUACUACAUAAAGUUGUUUGUAUUUUGUGUGUGUGUGAUAAUGUUCGGAAUUGUAAUUUUAUUUAUUAAUGUUAUGCAUGUGAAGAAUGAAGAAACAGUAAUUACAUGCAUGUUGUAGCUAAGAUGCAUUGUUUACAUAAAUACUUAGUCUUUUAUUGUGUAUUUCAGCAAAUUUCUAACUUUAUUAGCAUACAGUAUACUACACGUGCCUUUAUAUUGCUAUAUACCCAUUAUUAUAGUGUAAUGUAUCUAUAGUAUUUUGUAGGUUGCUAACUGUUAAUGGUGCUGUUGACAAAUAAGGAUUAUUACCAAUUUCAGAUAGUUUAUGAUGCCACACAAAGAACCCUACAUUAUUCUCACAUUGACAUGUUUGUUGGACUACAUUGUAAAGUCUAGGUGUCCUAAAUGCUAUACAUUAAUGCUUAGUUCUCAGUAUGAGGUUUAUGGUCCUUUUAACUUGAUUAGUAUUUUGCAUUUCCAUGGGAGUGUGAAACCUUCUUGAAUAAAACGUAACAUUGUAAGAUAUCGGUGAUUAUUUGGUAUAAAUGAUGCAAUUGCUUAUGUGAUGCAUUUUAUGCUUGCUGCUCCUAACAGUCUUAGGUAGUGUAGGGUGUUAACAGUGCUUAGGUGUUGUUUAAUGCUUGUGUGAAAUUGGUCCUCUUGUAAACAAGCAUCCCAUAUACAAUUCCCUUGAGCUUGCCCUUGUAUCUGUUCUGCUUCUUCAUUUAUAAUAUGUUAACCCUUGCACUGCUCUAAGUGCCAUAUGCAAUUUUUCCCUAUUUGAUUUCUUAACUAUUUUUGUUAUGUAUUCCCUGAUGUAAUACUUUUAAAUGACUUCAUAGUUUAGGGGGUUAAGCAUGUCUGUAUUUGAGCCAUUCAAUGCAGUCUAAAGGUACCUUCUUGUCUCUAGCUUGCUUUAUUCUUAAGGGAGCAUGUUAAGGAUGAACGUAUUACAGAAUUUUGCUUGAAUAAUUUUUUUUAACCUUUCUCAUGAUGAUAAAUAAAUGUUGUUCAAUAUAUUUUUUCAACGUUACAUUUAAGUUUGCUUUGCAUUGUCUUGAGGAUCUGAAGUGUUUGUAAUUCUUUGAACAUACAGUAUUAUAAAAUUUAGAUAUUUAUUGAGUUAUGAAGCUUCAAGAUUAUUUAGUUAGGAAUUUUGACCAUAUUUCUAGCAAGCAUCAGAACAAGCAGUUAUAAUACUGACCUCUUGUCAAUAUUGACUUGUAUUCACUACCAAAUCAGAAGUACAGUACUUAAUUGGGUGUAGUUACAAUAUGUAUAAGUUUACAGAAUGUAGCCAAACAUUGCCUUAGGAAUUAUUUAUAAAACUUUAUUUUAUAAAACAUUUUGUUACAAUAUUUCCUGUUCUUCCACCACUUGUUUAAUGUACCCAAGUACUUACAUUUCUUAUACACUCUCAUAUAAAGGGUGUCAAUAAAUUGAUAUAAAAUG